GUGGUGUAGACAUUUUGGAUGAUCUAAAGACUCUGGGGUCUGUAUAUGGAAAUAGUGGGGUGCAGAGCAGAAGAAAAUACUUGUCCUUUCCGUCCCCCAGCCAUGCUUUUCCACGGGAUCUCCGGAGGCCACAUCCAAGGAAUCAUGGAGGAGAUGGAGAGGAGAUCCAAGACCGAGUCCCGCCUGGCCAAAGGCGGACAGAUGAACGGCCGGGAAACGAACAUGCCCCCAAUGAGCCCCGAGAAGCCUGCUUUGUGUGCUGGUUGUGGAGGGAAGAUCUCAGACAGAUAUUACCUGCUGGCUGUUGACAAACAAUGGCACCUCAGGUGUCUCAAAUGCUGUGAAUGUAAACUGGCUUUGGAGUCAGAACUCACCUGCUUUGCCAAGGACGGCAGUAUUUACUGCAAGGAGGAUUAUUACAGAAGGUUCUCCGUGCAGAGAUGUGCCCGCUGCCACCUUGGGAUCUCAGCCUCCGAAAUGGUCAUGAGAGCCAGGGAGUCGGUUUAUCACUUGAGCUGCUUCACCUGCACCACCUGCAACAAGACUCUGACCACAGGCGAUCACUUUGGCAUGAAGGACAACCUGGUUUACUGCAGGGCCCAUUUCGAGACCCUUUUGCAAGGCGAAUACCCGCCUCAGUUGAGCUAUACUGAGCUGGCUGCCAAGAGCGGAGGGCUGGCACUGCCUUACUUCAAUGGCACUGGCACAGUCCAGAAAGGGAGGCCCAGGAAGAGAAAAAGCCCAGCUCUAGGAGUGGACAUCGUCAGUUACAACUCAGGUUGUAAUGAGAAUGAGGCAGAUCACCUGGACAGAGACCAGCAGCCUUACCCCCCAUCCCAGAAGACUAAGCGCAUGCGCACUUCCUUCAAACACCACCAGCUUCGCACCAUGAAGUCCUACUUUGCUAUCAACCACAACCCAGAUGCCAAGGACCUCAAGCAGCUUGCCCAGAAAACGGGCCUGACCAAGAGAGUUCUGCAGGUUUGGUUCCAAAACGCAAGAGCCAAAUUCAGAAGGAACCUUUUGCGGCAGGAGAAUGGGGGUGUCGAUAAAGCUGAUGGCACGUCACUUCCGGCACCGCCCUCAGCAGACAGCGGCGCUCUCACUCCACCCGGCACUGCGACCACUUUAACAGACCUGACCAAUCCCACUAUCACUGUAGUGACAUCAGUGACCUCUAACUUGGACAGCCACGAAUCCGGGAGCCCCUCACAAACUACCUUAACGAACCUUUUCUAACAUUUGAGUUUUUUUUAUUCUUAUUCUUCUUUAUUAUUAUUUACAAGACUCUUUAUUUUUUUUUAAACAAACCCACAAAAUAUUUGGGAAAACAAACAGCUUGGUGUGUAGCAUCUGCAGCCACUUGGCAAAUGAGUUUGCAGUAAUAUGUCUCCAUUAUAAAUGAACAUAUUUUGUCUAUAAAUUGUAUUUGGAUUUUUUUUAAUUCAUCAGACAAUUGAAGGGAAAGUUAUGAAUCAUUCUAAUAAGUGCCUCUUAAAAUUGUAUGUUACUUAUUUCCAGAAUCUUGGGGGGGAAGAGAGGGAGAAGAAAAUUAUAUUCCCAGUCUGAUAAUCUGAGAAAGCCUCUAACAGUUCAUUUAAAGCCAAUAGUUUGCUGCUCCAGGAUUGUAUGUGCAUUUAUGGAGUUUCAGAGUCCUAAGUCUAACUUUAUUUUUAUAAUACAUGUUUAAGUUUCAUACUAUGUAUUUUUCACACCUACAAAACAAAUCAAAUUAGGAAUUGGAAUAGACAGCGGCAUUCCAAGUGUCAAUGCUUCUUCUUCUUUUUCUUCUUCUUCUUCUUCUUCUUUUUUGUUUGUAUAAAUAUUAGUUAUGAGCUUGACCCUGUAUUCAUUGAGCACCCAAAAUUCCCAUGCAGGUCAAUAAUCUCAACCCUGCAAGCCAUUCAUCCAUGUGGAAUGUCCAUUGACACCAGUGGGAGUAAGGCACGGAUGGAGGACUUGCAGGAUUAGGCUCAAUGGGACUGGUGUGUAGGUAAGGACUGCAAGAUCAGGCCCUUGGUCUGUGAAUUCUGAAUUAUGCACACUAAAGGCCUUAAUCCUGCAAACACUUAUGCUCCAGAGUAAUUUUACUCAUGUAAGAGGAGGCUCACUAAAGUAUACACCAGAGGAACUAUUCAAAUGAAAAGUCUCAUUGAUUUCAAUGAGUUUUCUCAUAUGAGUAAGGUUACUCUGUUGCAUCACUGUUUGCAGGAUUGGGCCACAAGGCUGAAUAAUUCAAUCUAAGUUUUAGCAUUGCCUAGGCAAAAUUUCAUUUUUUCCCACUCUGCCAUAAAUGCCACUGAUUUUAAUUAAAAAAAAAAAAAGAAAACAAUUCACUCUAUAUGGCCCUGAUCCUGCAUCAGUAAAGCCAAUGGGAGAUUUGUCAUUAACUUUAGUGAGUGUAGGAUGAAGUUCUAAACGUAUACAGAUCUUUAUUACUAAGGCAAUUCUCGAUGAAUUAAACUUUUUCAGGGAAGAUGGAAAUAAGCAAAAUAUAAUUUAUUAAGAUGUUUAAGGAAACUGA